AUGAACACCAACGUCUGCGUGGAGCCCGGGCCGGGCCCGGAGGCGCCGGGGCUGCCCAAGGAGAGCCACCUGCCCGAGGGCGCCCUCAACAGCCUUGUGGAUUACAACUCGGAGAUGGAGCGCUACCGCUCCUUCGCCACCUCCUUCUACAAGACCAACGGCGGCGCCUUCCCGCAGGCCGCCAAGAUCGCGCGCAUCACCACCCCCAUCUUCCCCAGCAGCGCCGCCGCCGCCGCGGCCGCCGCGCGCAUCGGCAUGUCCCCCUGGAGCUGCGACAACGCGGCCACCGCCGCCGCCGCCACCGCCAUGCUCUGGGGCAGCGGCGGGGGCGGGGGCGGCGGCGGGGGCGCGGGCGGCGGCGGGGGCGGCGGCGGGGGCGGCGGGGGCGGCAGGAAAGCCUCCUCCGCCGCCGCCUCCGCCUCCGCCUCCGCCUCCUCCUCGGCGAUCCUCCCCGCGGGCGGCGGCGGCGGCGGUGGAGGCGGUGGCGGCGGCGGUGGCGGCGGCGGCGGCGGCGGCGGCGGCGGCGGCAGGACCGGCCUGCACCACCGGAACGACUCCCAGCGGCUGGCCAAGGCUGGCUGCCCGCCAGAGCCGUCGCUGCAAAUGGCAAACACUAAUUUCCUCUCCACCUUGUCCCCCGAGCACUGCAGACCUCUGGCGGGGGAAUGCAUGAACAAGCUCAAAUGCGGCGCCGCCGAAGCGGAGAUCAUGAAUCUCCCCGAGCGCGUGGGGACCUUCUCCGCCAUCCCGGCUCUAGGGGGCAUCUCGUUACCUCCGGGGGUCAUCGUCAUGACAGCCCUGCACUCCCCCGCCGCGGCCUCGGCGGCCGUCACAGACAGCGCGUUUCAGAUCGCCAACCUGGCGGACUGCCCGCAGAACCACUCCUCCUCCUCCUCGUCCUCCUCCGGGGGAGCCGGCGGCGGGGCCAACCCGGCCAAGAAGAAGAGGAAAAGGUGCGGGGUCUGCGUGCCCUGCAAGAGGCUCAUCAACUGUGGCGUCUGCAGCAGUUGCAGGAACCGCAAAACGGGACACCAGAUCUGCAAAUUUAGGAAAUGUGAAGAGCUAAAGAAAAAACCGGGCACUUCGCUAGAGAGAACACCUGUUCCCAGCGCUGAAGCAUUCCGAUGGUUCUUUUAA